AUGACCGAAGAGCGCAACUUUACCCGGGCACCAGUUACCGAAGAGACGGCGGUUCUGUAUGUCCGUAAACUGCCGCACGGCGCCGCUCGUGGGUCUAUUCCCUGCCUGCGCAACCACCUCCACCGGCGCCGUGCUCUCCGUCCCGCCACUGCCAGCCGCCCCCGGUCGACCGCCACCCUCUCGGCCUCCGCCCCUGGCCGCCGCCCCCCUCACUUGCGCAUUUGCAUCGUGCGUGCGCCUCUCUCCGGCCCUCCGCCGUCCAGGACUCACCGCUCCGGCCCGUCACAGCAGCAGACCAAAGCAACUGCCCCGUCCGUUCUUCCAUCUCCGGGCGCAUUCGGUGCGGCACGCUCGGAGUCGCGGGCGCUUCAGAAGCUCGACACCGGCAGCGGCGGCGCCGAGAACGCUCGCGCGCCGCCGGGGCCUGCCCGUGCCCUCUCGGCCCCUUCCAUCGCCCACGACGGCCGCCUCGUCGCUUGCUCCGGGAAGGACCUCCUCGGGUUCGAACCCAACGGGUCCUUCGCCUGGAUCGUUCCCCUCGGCCACAUGUGCAACGACAGCAUCAGCCCUGUAUUCGAGGGAGAGCAGGUGUAUCUGGUGGCAGAGGACAAGGUCAUAAAGGUCACGCCACGGAAAGUGCGCACUGCCGAGCCAGCAUUGGAGGUUUUCUUCAGCCACAACACGACGUCAGGGAGGUCCGAGGAGAUCAUUGGCCUGGCCAUCAGUGGCAGAUACUCGUCUCUCUUCCUCACCAUCAGAAACCGGGGACUCUUCGCCUUCUCGCUCCGAGGCGAGCUCCAAUGGAGCAUUGGGCCUGCACUUAAUUUGUUCGAUUACCGUCUUGGCUGCAAGAGAAACGUCUCCGGCUGCUAUUUCGAUUCAGCUCCUGUUCUUGAUCAGUGCGAGGGGGCACUUUAUAUAUCGAACACUGAAGGCCAGCUCUAUUCCCUGUACAUUGACAACCGUGGGAUCAGAUGGAUCCAAGACUUGAGUUCACAUGGCAAAGUGAUGACAGUUGCACCGGGAAACAGUGGGCGCCUAUACAUUGUCUUUCCACGGAAGUCUAUCAUGGUGGGGAUUGAUGUUUCGACAGGAAACAUUUCUUGGACGCAGAAUAUUGGUCCAAUCAGUAAUGAGAAAAACUUUCCAACUGUCGAUUCCAAUGGUUGGAUGUCAAUUGGUUCGCUAGAUGGGACCCUCUACUCGAUUUCUCCUGAUGGUGACAUGAGAAAGUUUCUUGCAAAAACAGCAAAUGAUUCAGUGAUCCAUGUAGGUCCAGUCCUUGACUGCUCAGGAUUUUCCAUGUAUGUCGCUAAGACCAUAGUGGAAGGAAAAUUAAUCCAGACGACUGGUGAUUAUACCUAUGUAUCGGCAAAGAAGCCAUCAUUCAUUUCGUUCACAUUGUUGGCUCCGGCAACUGGAACUAUUUACUGGACUGGGGAGUAUCCUGGGGAAUUAUCAAAUUUGCUGUCCAGUAGUGAUAUGAAUGACUUUACCAUAGAUGAGACUGUUGUUCUGACUCUUCUAUCUGCAACAAAGACAGGGAUCAGCAACACCACGCAGUGCUAUACAAGAAGGCAAAAGAUUGCUUGGACUUGCGGGCAAGCCAAAGCCAAGUUUGUUCAGGCCGAUCCAGGAGAACCUAGCUAUGUUCUAUUGUUGAUCUUCCUACUUGUAGUAAUCGUACUACAAGCUGUAGCCAUUUUGUUUUGCUGCAUCUUUUGGAGGAAGAAAAGGCUCCAAAACAAUGGAUUGCAGAAGUUCCUGGAGAAGAGGCGCUCACUUCACAGCAAGAGGAGAAUCUUAGGAAAGAAGAUAUUGGAGCUCGAGCAGAAGGCAUCUGAAGAUGCCUCGUCAAAUGAAGCUUUGGGACAGCUGGGUGAAAUGGUGAAAGCCAAGGAAGGCGUGGAGAGAAAGCUGUACGGAUCAUACAGCCUUGGCAGGGAUGAGCCCAGCUUGGAGCCGCAAGGCUCCUCCUCCUUGCCACUGUACCAUGGCAAAUACAGGAGUUAUUCGUUCCACAGCUCACAGAAAGAGAGCAUUACGAUUUUCCACAGUUCAGAGGAUAGUACUACCAGUAGCUGCUCUGAUGAUAGCGAGAGUUGCAGUGGUACGAGUUCUGGAGAAAUGGAACUGGAUGAGUCUAAGUUAGCAGAAGAAGCUGGGCCCUCCAACACUGCAAAUGUUGAGGAGGGAGUUCAACAUGAACUAGAAAAACAGCACCAGCAUUGCAGCGCCCCAUAACCCUUGGUUGCUGGAAGGAUCAGAGCUAGAAUUGAUUGCAAUUCGUAGCAUGUCUGGAAGGACAAUAUACUGUUUGUUGAAGACAUUGGGAGUUGCUUGUAGUUUCAAAUAUUGGUGCAGCAUUAGUUAAUGAUAUGAAGCAUAUGGUUAUCACAAAGAA